ACCUUGAGGAGGGGCGCCACGGCGCUGGUGGAGGCUGCAGCUACGUCCGCGCCUGCUCGGCUCCCUAGGACGCGUCGGGCUCCCGGGGUCCGGGGUGGCUUCUUGCUCGAAUACGAGCAGCCCGGCCUUCAGUGAUUGCAGGCAGACUUCGCUACUGCUUCUUCUGCCGCCCCUCACCAGCCUUUGCAGUGCCCUGUGCCCUUGGAGGAGAGUCAGAGAAGAAGCGCCUGGGCCAGGUCCGCUCCUUUGGCACAAGAGACCACUGCCCUCCAGAAACGAUGGUUGUCGCUGGACCCAGCUGGGACUCUGCCAGGCUCCAGUGCUCAGUCUAAGGAAAGGGCCCUCUUCCAGCCCUGCUCUCCCUGUCUGUCAUGGCCACACUCAGCUGCUGCCUCCUUGCCUGGGGACAUAGGGCACCCAGCCCCAGCGCUGAGAGGUUAAACCAGGCCCUCUUGCUCCAUUUCACAGGGGCACUCUGGGCACCAGGCCCCUUUCAGACCGAGAGCAACUGAUGCCAUGGGAGAAGCCCCUGCCCAUCUGUUCACUCACCUGGCACUGCCUGCUCUGAGACCCCUACACGGGUCGCCCUGGAGGUGCCAACCCUGUGAACCCCUCCCCUGUGCCCUGACACUGAGAAAGCCCUGCCCACCCCCACCAUGUGUGAAGUGAUGCCCACAAUCAACGAGGGGGACCCCCUGGGGCCUCCCCAUGGAACGGAUGCUGACGCCAACUUUGAGCAGCUGAUGAUGAACAUGCUGGAUGAGCGGGAGAAGUUGCUAGAGUCCCUUCGGGAGAGUCAGGAGACUUUGGCGGCGACACAGAGCUGGCUCCAGGAUGCCCUGCAUGAGCGAGACCAGCUCCAGCGCCACCUUAACUCUGCCCUUCCCCAGGAAUUUGCCACCUUAACCCAGGAGCUGAGUAUGUGUCGGGAGCAGCUUCUAGAGAGGGAGGAAGAGAUAUCAGAGCUGAAAGCAGAGCAGAAUAACACAAGGUUGCUUCUGGAACAUCUGGAGUGCCUAGUGUCCCGUCAUGAGCGGUCACUGAGGAUGACUGUGGUGAAGCGUCAGGCUCAGUCACCUUCAGGGGUUUCCAGUGAGGUGGAGGUGCUGAAGGCUCUCAAGUCACUGUUUGAGCACCACAAGGCCCUGGAUGAGAAGGUGCGAGAGCGGCUCCGGGUGGCCCUGGAGAGAGUGACCACCUUGGAAGAGCAGUUGGCGGGUGCCCACCAGCAGGUGUCUGCCCUACAGCAGGAGGCAGGGGUUCAGGAUGGAGUGGCAGAAGAGGAGGGGACUGUGGAACUGGGACCGAAAUGCCUGUGGAAGCAUGACGCGGGCCAGGUAGAAGAGCUGCAGGAGCUCCUGGAGAAGCAGAACUUUGAGUUGAGCCAGGCCCGGGAGCGACUGGUCACCCUGACAGCAACCGUGGCCAAACUUGAGGAGGACCUGGGCACGGCCUGCCGGGACCUUAUCAAGUCGGAGGAGCUGAGCAGCAAACAUCAGCGGGACCUCCGGGAAGUGAGCAAGGGCCUGGGCCUGACCCUAUCUUUCUGGGUGCAGGCUCUAGCCCAGAAGGAGGACAUGGAGGAGCGAAUAACCACACUGGAGAAGCGCUACCUGGCUGCUCAGCGUGAGGCUACAUCGAUUCAUGACCUCAACGACAAACUGGAGAAUGAGCUGGCCAAUAAGGAGUCCCUGCACCGCCAGUGUGAGGAGAAAGCCCAACAUCUGCAGGAGCUGCUGGAGGUAGCAGAGCAGAAACUGCAGCAGACGAUGCACAAGGCUGAGACACUGCCAGAGGUGGAGGCUGAGCUGGCCCAGAGAAUUGCAGCCCUCACCAAGGCUGAAGAGCGGCAUGGCAACAUUGAGGAGCACCUGCGGCAGCUGGAGGGACAGCUGCAGGAAAAGAACCAAGAGCUGGCAAGGGUGCGCCAGCGGGAGAAGAUGAACGAGGACCACAACAAGCGACUGUCAGACACUGUGGACCGACUGCUUAGCGAGUCGAAUGAGCGCCUGCAGCUCCACCUCAAGGAGCGCAUAGCGGCCCUAGAGGAGAAGAACACACUGAUCCAAGAGCUGGAGAGCUCCCAGCGGCAGAUUGAAGAGCAGCACCAUCACAAGGGCCGCCUGUCUGAAGAGAUUGAGAAGCUGCGCCAAGAGGUGGACCAGCUGAAGGGUCGAGGAGGGCCAUUUGUGGAUGGCAUCCACUCCAGGGUGCACAUAGGCAGUGCAGCAGAUGUGCGGUUCUCCCUGAGCACAACCUCCCACGCACCUCAAGGUCUGCAUCGUUGCUACUCAGCACUGCGGGAAGAGUCUGCCAAGGACUGGGAGCCAUCUCCACUGCCUGGGGUGCUGGUCCCCACAGCCACCCCUGCCUUUGACAGUGACCCUGAGAUCUCUGAUGUGGAUGAGGAUGAGCCAGGGGGUCUGGUGGGCUCCAUGGACGUUGUCUCCCCCAGCAGCCACUCAGACGCCCAGACCCUGGCCAUGAUGCUGCAGGAGCAGCUGGAUGCUAUCAACGAGGAGAUCAGGAUGAUCCAGGAAGAGAAGGAGUCCACAGAGCUCCGUGCUGAGGAGAUUGAGACACGAGUGACUAGUGGCAGCAUGGAGGCCCUAAACCUGACCCAGCUGCGCAAACGUGGUUCCAUCCCCACCUCUCUGACUGCCCUGUCCCUGGCCAGCGCGUCCCCUCCAUUCAGCGGCCGCUCCACACCUAAGCUUACUUCCCGCAGUGCUACCCAGGACCUGGACCGAAUGGGGGUCAUGACCUUGCCCAGUGACUUAAGAAAGCAUAGGAGGAAGCUGCUGUCACCAGUGUCUCGGGAAGAGAACAGAGAGGAUAAAGCCACCAUAAAAUGUGAGACUUCUCCUCCUUCCUCACCCAGGACGCUGCAGCUAGAGAAGCUUGGCCACCCAGCCCUGAGCCAGGAAGAAGGCAAGAGUGCUUUGGAGGAUCCAGGCAGCAACCCCAGCAGCAGCAACAGCAGCCAGGACUCCUUGCACAAGGGCGCCAAGCGCAAGGGCAUCAAAUCAUCCAUCGGCCGCCUGUUUGGGAAGAAGGAGAAAGGCAGGCUGAGCCAGCUGAGCCAGGACGGAGCCACGGGCCAUGUUCUGCUAACAGACUCUGAGCUCGGUCUGCAGGAGCCCAUGGUACCUACCAAGCUGGGGACCCAGGCAGAAAAGGACCGGCGGCUGAAGAAGAAACACCAGCUGCUUGAAGAUGCCCGCAGAAAAGGAAUGCCCUUUGCCCAGUGGGACGGCCCUACUGUGGUCUCCUGGCUAGAGCUCUGGGUGGGGAUGCCUGCUUGGUAUGUGGCAGCCUGCCGGGCCAACGUCAAGAGUGGUGCCAUCAUGUCAGCCCUCUCGGACACAGAGAUCCAGCGGGAAAUUGGCAUCAGCAAUGCCCUGCACCGGCUCAAGCUCCGGCUGGCUAUCCAGGAGAUGGUGUCGCUGACCAGCCCCUCUGCCCCACCCACCUCCAGGACUUCUUCUGGGAAUGUCUGGGUCACCCAUGAAGAGAUGGAAACUCUGGCAACAUCCACUAAAACAGACAGUGAGGAGGGCAGCUGGGCUCAGACCCUGGCCUAUGGGGACAUGAACCACGAGUGGAUUGGGAACCAGUGGCUGCCCAGCCUGGGGCUCCCCCAGUACCGCAGCUACUUCAUGGAGUGCCUUGUGGACGCUCGCAUGCUGGAUCACCUCACCAAGAAGGACCUGCGGGUCCAUCUGAAGAUGGUGGACAGCUUCCACCGAACCAGUCUUCAGUAUGGCAUCAUGUGUCUGAAGAGGCUGAAUUAUGACCGGAAGGAGCUGGAGAAGAGGCGGGAAGAAAGCCAGCAUGAGAUCAAGGAUGUGCUGGUCUGGACCAACGACCAGGUGGUUCAUUGGGUCCAGUCUAUUGGGCUCCGGGACUAUGCAGGAAACCUGCACGAGAGUGGUGUGCAUGGUGCUCUGCUGGCCCUGGACGAGAACUUCGACCACAAUGCGUUGGCCCUGGUCCUCCAGAUACCCACGCAGAAUACCCAGGCACGCCAGGUGAUGGAGAGAGAGUUCAACAACCUGUUGGCCUUGGGCACAGACCGGAAGCUGGAUGAUGGGGAGGACAAGGUGUUCCGCCGCGCGCCCUCCUGGAGGAAACGCUUCCGGCCACGGGACCACCACGGCAGCGCCAUGCUCAGUGCCUCUCGCGAAACGCUCCCGGUAGGCUUCCGCGUGUCCACGCUGGGGCCACUGAAGCCUCCACCGGCCCCGCCAAAGAAGAUCAUGCCUGAAGCCGGGACAGCGGGGGCGCAGAGACUGGAGACCUCCACGGUUCGGACCUACUCCUGCUGACCCCGCCUCCCGGCCCGGGUCUGACGGGGCUGUGCCCGUGGCUCGGGCUCACUCUCACUAUCUCUACGGACACAUGCUCUCCGCCUUCCGGGACUAGCUACAGCCCCCAAGGCCAGCUUUCUCCUGCUUGGUUUCACAGGCUCGGAGAGCCCUUAACCCUCCUGCUCGGUCCCCUUACUCCACGGCUCCUAGUCUCGUAUCUCAGAAUAUACUCUCUACCCCCUAGCCAUCCCACUACCCCAAGUCCAACGUGUGUCCCUUGUAAGGCUCUCUGGAAUGUGGCUGGGUUUCCUGGUGUUGUGGAGGCAACCAGGUUGUGGGUCUGCGGGAGGGAGAGGAAGGCAGCCCAAGAUGGAUGGACUCCACCUUCUCUCUUCUGCAUCUAGCUGGUCUGGACUGCAAACUCCACCAGAGACCAGGACACGUGUCAAGGGCGGGGGAUGGCCCUUCCACGAAAAUGGCACUUCAGACUGCCUUGCUUGGGUUAUUUGGCUUUCUGGUUUCUGUCCACCUCUUGGUUGUACUAGAUGGUCUACAUCUGCUUUUGGCACCCUCGCCAUUAUCCCUCCCCCAACUCAUCUGCAUAGCUGCAGCUCCUGCCUCAUCUCCAGGACCUCCUUGGGGGCUGGGAAGGGCUGUAGAAGGCCCCAUUCUUCCUCAGGAUGAUGAACCUGGGAAGAGGGAAGGCUAAGGUGGAGAUUCUAGGCCCUGGUUUAAGUUGAAUCCCAAACACCAAGCAUAAGGAUGGGGAAACUCAGCCCUCCUGCCCAGUGAGAGGUGCAGGCAGGUCAGCUAGAGGGAGAGCCAAUGGCCUGUGGUAGCCUUAAGCCCAAAUGGCAGCGGGAAUGCCUCCUGCCCCAACUGUAGGGUAGAGCUGCUGCUGGGCUGGGGGGAGGGGGAAUUGUGUGGAUCUUGGCUCUGGAUCAAGCUAACCUUGCACUGCCAGCUAUGCUCCCAAUAUUCCUUCCCUUUCUGUCCCCCUUUGCCCCACUUCUUUGAUAAUCCCAGCCCCAUAAGAAUAUACCUAAUGGGUGGAUUGAGUAUAUACAUUGACUUUAAAGUCUGGUUUGGGAAAAAGGUAAUCUGAGGCUUCCUUCCUCUGAUCUCCUAGGAAGAAAAUAAAGCUUCCCCUCUAGUGAAUCAUGUCCUAGGUCCAGGAAAUCCAGUGUUGGUGAAGACUGUCAUUCUCCUGCUUGUCCCCAAACCACUACCCCUUGUUCAGGGCUCUUUUGGUGUGCAGGGACUGCUUCGUCCAGAAAUUCCUGAGACCUGCCCAGUUUCAGUUGCUUUCCCCAGUAGCAUGGCAGCAUCCAGGGCCGAGGGAUACAGGUCCCACUUUGGUAGGAAUGUUAUUUCCAAGAAAUCCCUCUUCUUAACCCAUGUACUCAUCCUGCCAAGGUGCCUGGAAGUGUUUGGGACCCAAGUUCAGGGUGAGCUGAUGGAACCUAAGGUUUCAUCCAAGUGAAAGGAGAGGAAAAGUGCCUGAAGCAUGUUUCCUGGAGAGGAGCCAGUGAAGUGCCACCCUGCAGGUGGCUGAGCAGCUGGUUUGCAAGCUGAUGACUUGGAUUCUGAGUGGUGGCAAGGCUAGCAGAUGGGAUGAUGGGUCAGAGCACCCUGUCCAGAAGGAGUGCUGGAGCCUGGGGCAGUACCAGGCUUACAGGUUUCUGCUGCUUUUCAGUAGAGGAGAGGCCCACCAGUGGUGGGGCUGGGUGGGCUCCCAUGGAUAUGGGCAAGGCAUCCAACUUCCCUUGCUCUCCCUCAUUGUUCCCUGCCCUUCCUGUCUGUCAGGCCACUGGGAAUGGAGCUGGAGGAGUUCUUGAGCAGAAAAUAAGUUGGAUGGAGAGAAAGAGCUCCUAUCCCUGGUUAAUGGAUGUUAAGAUUAUGGAGAAACCCCAGAUUCCUAAGAUUGGUGAAGCUGGAGACCACAAGGCCAUCUGACUCCUUCAGGGAACUCUGAUAGGCUAGCAUAGUGGGAAAUUCAGCCCCAGCCUCUCCUCUACAACUCAACCCUAUCUUAUUUAGUCAUGUCAUAAGGCAGCAGCUGGCAGGACCCAGGUCUGUUCGGGGCAUCUUGGGAUUAUUGCAGGGAGGUGAUGCAUACAGUGAUGGAAGGCUCUUGUCUUGGUGUAUCCCUUGCCUCACAGUCAAUGUACUUUUUAUCUGGGGAGUCACUUGUGACCCAUACCCCCUCACCAGCCUCCUGUAUCUUGUCAGGUCUCUUCUCAGUACCGUACUGCUGGCACAGUGCAUCAGGAAUGGGUGUAUGGGUGUGUAUGAGUGUGAGUGUGUGUGUGUACAUACCAAUAAAUAACCUGGUUUUGAGACAACA